CGUCCUCCACACCGAUGCCGGGCUGGUAGGCAAACGGUAGCGGGUCCAGUGAGGAGCUCACCAGCGGUCGCAGUUGGCGAGGACGAGUCUCUCCAGCGUCUUCAUCGGGUCAUCAAUGAAACCACUGAUAUCAGCGCUUCUCAGGAGUCUGGUUCUGCAGUCCAGAGCCAAGCCUUGGAGUCUCCUCAAACUGAAAGCGGUCAAGGGCUGCAUAUCCAACAACAUUCAACAACUCCAGCUAAGCAGUUACAAGAUUUAUGGAGUCGUAAGCCAGCAGAAGUUGUGAUUGCAGUGCUCCCUUCGUUGCUGGAAGACCGCAGUUUGGUAAUUCGUCACAGUGAGCUAUGUUCACUCCGACCUCAUGAGUGGCUCACUGGCGAGAUCAUUGAAGGAUUGUUUCACGUUUUGGCCAAGAAACUCAUGAUGACGAGCCUUUAUCUUAUGAGUUACUACACUGCUGAACUGAUUAUCUCUGGUGACAAGAAGACACUUCCACGGCACUGUUUCCCAAAGGAAAACCUGAACUCUUACAAGGGAAUUUUAUCCUUUGUAAAUGUAAAUAAUAACCACUGGAAACUUCUGUACAUAAAGGCUGACACUGGAACAGUAUAUCUGGUCGAUCCCGCUCAAUGUCACACAGAGGUCAACGAUUCCACAACUGCAGCCAAAAGAUUCCGUGAAUUCUUAACAAUGCGGAGAACGCACCACGGAAAAGCAGAGUGGGAGGAUAAAGAAUGGAAAGGAGGAUGUUUGGCCCACCCCACACAGCAGGAUUCAUCCAGCUGCGGUGUGAUUGUUACCUUGAUUGCCGCAGAGCUCAUGAAAACUUUUCCAAAGAUUCCACAUAUUAAAUUUGAUUCGUCAACGAAAGAAAUGGCCAAUGAGAGAACAAAACUUGGAUUGGAAAUACUGGCAGCAUCAGUAUCUGAUCCCACCAUGCACUGUGCCAUGUGCUCGUUGGGCAAACCACCUGGAGCAGGUCCUCCUUUGAUUAACUGGAUACAGUGUGACGAAUGUGAAAGGUGGUAUCACGAGCAAUGCCUUGGAAUGACCGUGGAUGACUUGGCAAAGGCGAGAACAGGGAAUUGGUCAUGCGUUGUAUGUGAGCCAUGAGUGUGAAUUGGACACCUGGGAGACCUUCAACUAUAUAUAUCUGUGUGUGUGUGUGUGUGUGUGUGUGUGUGUGUGGACAUUAUGAAUAUGUACAUGAGUGUAAAAUUGUGUAAAUAACUUUGUAAAUGUGUGUGUGGACAUUUUGAAUAUGUACAUGAGUGUAAAAUUGUGUAAAUUGUAAAUGUGUGUAAAUGUGUCUUUGUGUAUAUGGGCAUUUUGAAUAUGUACAUGAGUGUAAAAUUGUGUAAAUUGUAAAUGUGUGUCAAUGUGUCUUUGUGUAUAUGGGCAUUUUGAAUAUGUACAUGAGUGUAAAAUUGUGUAAAUAACUUUGUAAAUGUG